CCGUGUUACUGGGCCCGGCCCUGCUGACGUGUACUCUGCUCCCCGUCGUCGAGCUCCUCCUUUUCCUCUCCUCGCUCCAGUCCUCCCCGGCGAGAGAGAAUGGCGUCGCGGUUCCUGACCCGAUCCAAAGCCCUAGCGCACGCCUUCUCGCGCGCCGACGCGGCUGCGUCCUCUGCGCUUGCCGGCGACCGGUCUCUCCGUGCGCUCUCCACUCUCCCCCAGGACCCGGCCGCCGCCGCCGCUGACCCGUGGCCGCGGCAACCGUCGGUCUGCUCCCCUAUCGACCUCUCCAAGAUUCUAGGGUAUGAUCGAACAUCACGACUCAGUGGCGCACAAGUAUUACCUCGUUGGUUUUCUACUGGAGCAUCCAAUGGAUCUUCUGUGCAGCAGGUGCAGGGAGGCGCCUCCACAAAGGUGACAGCAUCCAGCCCAUUGGAAGCAACUAUCGCCAAACCCAGAAGCAGUCCACUGAGAACUGAAAGCUUGAAAGUGAGGGCAAAUGAGAUAGUUACAAAUUCUACAUAUUACGUGAUUCCGACUCUCCUUCUCAUGUCAAGGAAUAGCGUCAGCACUUCUCUUAUGGUCAUGUCAGUGUUCCAUCAAGUCUUCAUGUUCCACAAGGAGAUCCUUCUGGAUUAUGUCCACAAUGAGGUUACCAGAAAGUGGGCUUUGAUAUACUUCAAGAUUCUCCUGCUGAUCAUGGCUAAGGACACAAUAGUCUACUUUGGUUUAGUCUAAGUUAUGCUAUGGUAGUUUCUCCAGAGACGCAUUAAGCGCCUGAAACAAUGGAAGACUAAUGUCCAACUGCUGGAUCUUCUGUUACCAUCUCUUUGUCUUUGCUGCCCAUUUUAUGCUUGUUACUAGGACUGACUAGUGUCGUGCUGAAUAACUUCUCACUGAAUAAAAUGUUCAGUUGCCCCCCUAAACCGAGCAAUGUUACAAUGGCGACAAGUGUAUGCUAGUUUUGUAAUAAUGGUAAAUAUCGACUCUUAUUUCUGUUGUAUUA